AUGGAUCCGCUAAGCAUAACAGUGAGCACCGUGUCUCUGUUCAAAGAGGUACUUCUCGUGUCUAGAUUCAUCUAUCGAAAGAUGGAAUCUGCCAAGGACGCCCAAUCUGAGAAGGAUGAUCUCUGUGCGCAGUUCGAACUGGAGGUCUUGUUUCUCCAGUCGCUUGGCCAUGUCUUUCAAGGUGGCAUUACCAAAAACCAGGCAAUUGACACGAGAUGGAUGAAUUUUCUGCACAGGACGCUGGAGAGAAUGAAUGACGCGUGUUCGGCAUACCGCACGCUCGCAGCAGAGAAAGAUGCAGACUAUCAGAAAUACUCGCCAUUCCUCAACAGCACUGAGCACAACACCAAGAUUGACUUCGACGUCGACGCGCCUUUGUCGUCCAAGAAACGUUUCUCCAUUGGUCAACUCCUGGGCGCGGGUGGAAAGGUCAAAGACGACCCCAAGUGGGACUGGAAAUGGGCUUUCAUUGGCAAGCGCAAGUUCGAAAGCCUCAUCCGAGAGUUCCAGAGAUUGAAUGGACGACUGAAAGAUAUCCUACCUCUCGCAAUCGCUCACAUGAGCCCGUCGAGGCCGGAUGAGAAGAGUGCUGCUCGCUUGGGAUUGAAGCCCCAUUACCAUCUGAGAAGCCUUGCUUCGCAACAGCCGGCAGGCGUAGGGAGUUUUCUAUUGAAAGACAAGAUGCUCGAGGUGGACGAAACCGGUCCGUCGGUCGUGGUAGGCCUUCUGUCUCGGACCAAGAAAAAGACGGCCGGCCUGGAUGCAGUACUUGUGGAAUACAAGGAGUACGCACCUGAACAAUCAUCAGACAGGCAGCUCUCUCUCCACAAAGAGGGCUUAGCGCAUCUCGCAACACUGCUCAAGUCAGCUGGAGAGUGCGACCUGGCCACCCUUCCUUUCAAGGGCAUCAUGGAGCAGGACCGACAACACAGGCACGCCUUCAUAUUCGGGUUCCCAAAAGGCACGGAUGAUUCAGUCCCGCCACUAUCGCUGAAUUUCAUGAUUUCGGAAGGCAAGAACGAGGACCGGCUCGAUCUCGACCAGCGGUUCGCGGUUGCGCAGCGGCUGGCCAAGAGCAUGGGCGUACUGCACGCAGACGGAUGGGUGCACAAAAGCAUCCGAUCCGAGUCCAUCCUUUUCUUCCGAAGCCGCGAUGGCCGAUCCCUACUGAUACACACUCCGUACGUGACCAACUUCGAGUUCUCGCGGCCCGAGGGCCAGUACACGGGCGAGCAGCACUUUGUGGAAGACGAAGACUGGCAGAGGAACUUGUAUCGACAUCCAGAGCGACAGGGAAUGCCCACAUCCAGCUUCCGGAAAGAACACGACAUCUACGCGCUGGGAAUCAUCCUGCUGGAGAUCGGCUUGUGGGAGGAGGCGGCCAGCAUCUAUCGGCACCAAAGGGAGAAGGCGCCGAAUGCUCAACUGCGCCCAACCCAUCUGCAGAACAUCUUCUUGAAGAGCGCCAAGUCCCGGCUGGCCCAUCACAUGGGAACGAGGUACUUGGAAGCUGUUCUUGCCUGCAUCGAUGGGGAGUUCGACGGUGCCGCGGCCGAAGCAGACUUUCCGAUGAUUUUCUACGAGAAAGUGACUGAAAAGCUGGAGCGGCCUUUUGACAGCUAA